AAAGAAAGCCCAGCAUCUGGGACACCUUCACUCAUCAAGGUGGUCAAUUCAGGCAAUCCAUUCAUUGACAAUUCGACACCUUUCAAGACAUACUACUUCUAGGAUCGAUCUAAAUUUCUGGCUGGAAUGUAUCGAUGCUGACAGGUCAUUCUACUGACAAAUCUACCGGGGAUGUUGCGGCUGAUCAGUACCAUCACUACAAGGAUGACGUAAAACUUAUGCACCAGGUGGGUCUAGACGCGUACAGGUUCUCCAUCGCAUGGCCCCGGCUUAUCCCAGAUGGAAGAGGAGCGAUCAAUCCCAAGGGCCUGGACAACUUGAUAGAUGAACUCAUACUGCAUGGCAUUCAGCCUCAUGUCACACUCUACCAUUUCGAUCUCCCACAGUCCCUUCAGGACGAGUACAACGGACUGCUCAGCCCCAGAUUCAUAGACGACUACACUAAGUAUGCGGACGUCUGCUUUGAGAACUUUGGGGACAGGGUGAAGCACUGGGUCACCGUCAACGAGCCCAACAUCGAGACUCUAGGCGGCUUCGACAGCGGCACCCUGCCGCCACGGCGUUGCUCCGUUCCCUUCGGCGCCAAGUGCACCAGAGGGGACUCCACGAUGGAGCCCUAUGUAGCUGCUCACCAUCUCCUGCUUGCACAUGCCUCGGCGGUGUCCCUGUAUAGACACAAGUACCAGGCAACUCAAAGGGGAUAUGUAGGAAGUACCCUCUUGACCGGGUGGUAUGCGCCUGCUACCAAUGAAUCGCAGGAUGCAGUUGCUGUAACGAGGAUGAAUCACUUCCACAUUGGAUGGUUCAUGCAUCCUUUGGUGUAUGGGGACUACCCACCGGUAAUGAGGACCAGGGUAGGCGCACGGUUGCCGGAUAUCACCGCAGAGCAGUCCAAGAAACUGUCCGGAUCAUUCGACUUCAUCGGCUUGAACCACUACGCCGUCUUCCGUGCACGUGCCGAUGAGAACGCCUUCAACCUGAAGCAGAGGGACUACUUUGCCGACGGAGGAAUCGCAGGUAAGCAGCUGUUAGUUAAGACUAGUACUCGUAUCGUAUCUACAGAGCAAUUCACCCUUGCUUAUCUUGUGCAAUGCCUGGAUUCAGAUCCAAUAAAAUACAUCCUAGAGGGACAGAAUGAGUAUGCCCCUUGGGCUCUAGGGAAGCUACUGGAUCACCUGAAACUCAAGUAUGGAAAUCCUCCAAUCAUGAUCCAUGAAAACGGAUAUGCAAACGCCCCCCAAACCCUGAGCAAGAUCGAAUACGAGGAUGACUACAGAUCAAAGACCCUGCAAAAUUACUUGGAAGUUCUCCAACUGUCCAUACGGAACGGGUCAGACGUGCAGGGUUACUUCGUGUGGUCGUUCGUUGAUGUGUUCGAGUUCCUCUUCGGCAAUCGAAUGCGCUAUGCCCUGUGCGGCGUCGACAUGAACAGCAAGGGGAGGACGAGGUAUAUGAGGAACUCUGCCCGCUGGUACUCUAGCUUCCUAAAAGGCGGUGAGCUGCGUUUGAUGUCGCCGUCAGGAAAAGCCUACAGCGCCGCAUGACUUGCGUGGCCUCUGUGAUAUUCCGAGAGGAAGAGUCAACUUUAUUUCACUCUAUGAUAUCUAUGAGGGGUGACUGUGGGCAGUUUCAAUUCUGUUCUCUUUGUGUGUAUUUGGGUGCAUGCAUAUGUUCCAUGCAUAGG